AUGACCAAUGAUACCAGAAAUGAUGAAGCAGAAACACCAGCCAAGCUAUCAGCCCCCGCACUUUCAUCCAGACUCAUCCAUCAAUGCCGUCUUUUACUAGCAGAAAUCGACGUUUUCCAAAACGCAGUAGCCUCUCGAUUCCGGAAACACCAGCAACAGCAGCAUCUGGUUGAACUGCGACUUUUGAGAUCAAGUGUUGCAACUGAACUGAAGAUUUUGGAGAGGUUGUCGGGUGAUGCGAAUGCACUUAUGGAGGAACGGCAUGCGAAGAGGCAAAAAGGCGAAGACGAUGAUGACGACGAUUUUGAGAUGAAAGAAGGGCGUAUAUUGCACACACUACGUUCUUCGAAUUUGUCCUUUCAUGUCGCCGUGUGGACAAUUGCAAAACAGUACUGCGAGGGCGUGGUGGCAUUCUCCAAACGGUUUUAUGGCGUCGGACAUGGACAACAGCAGCAGCAGGAUGACGAGAUGUCUGAUAAGGAGGGAAAGCAUAAUAAAGCCGUUAGCAAGGACAAACGAAAAGGUGUCUUUGUGGAUAUUGUCUACAGGAAUGGGGAAGAAUGGUUGAAGGUAUUAACUCUUUCCGAGAGUCGUUUGCUUUUUGAGAUGGCUGAGAAGGGCUGGGGAAUGGAUGACGAAUACGACGAUUAUGAUGAUGGCGACCUCCAAGAUAUACAGAAGAGGACAAUCCUACAAAAUAGCUCGAAAAUGGUGCCCACUGGGGGUUAUUUAGAGGACGAUUUCGAGGAUGACGAUGACCAGCUUGAAAUGAUAAAGAUGGCUGCCGAUAUGAUAAAAGUAGCGCGAGCUACCAGAGUAAGAUACAAGAAUCCUCGCGUGCGUAUAAUCGCUCCCAGGCUCGAAGAGGGAAAAAUACCCGAGGUAGACAGGAUUUUAAAUAUCGUCCGAGGUUAUGGAGUGGCCAUCGAAUGUGGGACAAAAGUACCUGAUGUGUUCAAUGAGGAAACGAACGAUCAACGAGAUCCUCACUCGAUUACCGAAUCCGAUUUACCAAUUUCGACUAUGCUUCCUAACCCAUUCAAAGAAUUCACCGACACUAUAAAUGUUGAUUGCACACUGCUCUUGGCGGUUGUGUCAGAGCUAUCGCAUAAACGACACAUAACCCCUUCACCCAAGUAUCAUCGGGCCAUCCUAAGGCAGAUCGAGGUCGAGAAUGAAUUGCCUCUGCUCCCUGCCGAGCUCUGGCCAGCCAUGACCAACCGAAAACUUGUCUGCACUGAAGAAGCCGUUACAAGAAUGAAAGAAAUUGUCGGUACCAUCGGCACAGAGAGCGAAAAACUGAGAACAGCUAUCUUUCUAGGUGAAGGUGACAUGGAGGGACUAGAAACGGACACGCUGCUUAGCAAGUUCCAACAGUUGUCCGAUCACCCCAUUCCCAAUCAAUUGCAGAUCCCUAUCCAAGUGGUAGAUGCUCACGCAGAGAUUGAUGCGGCCUUGCAGCAAAACAAAUUUCCUCCAGUUUUUCAUAAGGUUACCGAGUUUCUCACCGAUAUCAACCGCAGUGUUUUCCUGUAUGGCUGGGCCACAGGCAUCGUCACUAUCACGAGUAAUAAUACUGUUGUCAGGCAAAUCGAAAACACCAUAGAAAGAAAUCGAGGAGAUGACGAUGCAAUGGAGGGCCCUAAAACGUGGGUAUGUGAUACAGCUAGGAGUUUGAUCGGAAAAGAAAAGAAUCGAAAACCAUAG